GCUUCUUGCAGGAGCACCCAAAGAGAAAGCAAUUUCACUACAAAAUGUCAAUGAAACAGGUGCUGUUUACUCCUGUCCCAUCACCACAGACCUUACAGACUGCUCCAGGAUGGAUCUGGUCAGCACAACGAGUUCAUCAGAAAUAGUGGAAGGCAUGUGGUUGGGUGUGACAGUGGCCAGUCAGAGGGGCCAGCCAGACGGACGUGUCUUGGCAUGUGGGCACCGGUACGUGAAGAUCCCCCAAGGAGGCACGGAGGAGCAGAGGCGCAUGAUCGGAAAGUGCUUCGUAAGGAGUAAUGACCUGACCUUUGACAUCAAUGAUGACUGGCAAACUGAUAGUUAUGAGGUUUGCAAUCCCAAUAAUGACAUGGAGGGGGAGGGAUUAUGCAACAUGGGCAUCUCAGCUGGCCUGACGGACACAGACGUCUACAUCGGUGCUACGGGUAGCUACAGGUGGCGAGGAAAUGUUCAUGUGACCUGGAGGAAUCCAGAUCCAUUGUACUCCUGGGACUCUAAUCACAAAACGUUUGGAGAUUUAAAAAACCGAGACAGUUACAUAGGUUAUUCCACUCUCGAAGAGCAGAAGCUGCUGAGCCAAAGCGACUACACCGUGCUGACAGGGGCUCCCAGAGACAAAUCUAUAGGCUCUGUGUUAUUCGGAACAAAAACUGAAAAUCAAAAUGUUUUGAAUCCUGUAAAAAUUAUCUCUGGUGAGCAAGUGGGCUCGUACUUUGGGAACUGCCUGGCUGUCACUGACCUCAACAAUGAUGACUGGAAUGACCUGAUUGUGGGCGCCCCUUUUUACUUCAACCGCAGUAAGGAUCAGGAAGGAGCCGUGUAUAUUUUCAUGAAUGAAAAUGGAUCCUUCCAAGAUAAAGCCACCAUGGUGCUGAAGGGUCCAUCUUCUUCUGCGUUUGGCUUUGCGGUCGCUGCCAUCGGGGAUGUCAACCAGGAUGGAUUCCAAGAUUUUGCGGUGGGGGCACCAUUCUACAAAACAGGAAUGGUCUACAUUUGGUCAGGAAGUAAAACAGGAAUUUCACAGGUGCCCAGUCAGGUGAUUGAGGGAAGGUCAGUCGGUAGUGGACUGUUCCAGACCUUCGGCUACUCCAUCAGUGGAGGGAUAGAUAUGGAUGACAGCGGCUACCCUGAUAUCCUAGUUGGCUCACUGGAUGACCAUAUAGCCCUUCUGAGAGCCCGGCCCAUCAUUCACUUAACUAAAACCUUCACUGCUGAGCCCAAGAUUGUAGAUCCCAAUCUGUGUCUUCCAAGUAAUCCAUGCAUCACAGUCACCCUGUGCAUGUCCUUCACUCUAAGCAAUGGCAACAAAGACUUCAAGAAAAAUAUCACUGUGGACUACACUGUGGAGGCUGACAUGGAGAGAAGAAGCCACCGUGUUCGUUUUGAAGAUGGUACUGAUACAUAUUCUGGGUCGAUGACCCUACCGUCUUCCAAAUCCUUCUGUCAUUAUCUAAAGCUGAAUGUGUUGACACCUGUGAGGGAUAAACUGGAACCGGUGGUGUUCUCCGUCAACUUGUCUCUACAAACGCAAACAGCUAAAAGCAGACGCUCCCUGCAGAACCUGGACAAUUUCCCAAUUCUGAGCCAGGAUCAGAAACUCACCCAGAGAGCAGAGAUAAACUUUCAGAAGGAGUGUGGCACGGACAACAAAUGCUCCAGUAACCUGCAAAUGACGGCCCAGUUUGCUGACAACAAGGGAAAUCCUUACCCCAGGAAGAACAACAUUCAAGUGCUCCAGUUCAACAGCAGUGUAAGACGAAUAAGCGUGUCGGUGGAUGUGACCAACCUUCCUUCUCCAGGGAGGGUGGCGGAGGACGCCCACCAAACGAUGCUCAACAUCUCCUUCUCUGAUGCCUUGAAAUACGCUUCGGUUAAGAAAGACGGCAUAGAAUGCAGAUUUGAUUAUACAGUCAUUUGUGAGUUGGGGAAUCCACUGAAAGCCAACGAAAAGGUGUCUUUGCUGAUCGUGUUUGAGACUUCCGGCAUUGACCUGUACACAAAGGAGAUAGAGGCUCAACUGAUGUUGUCAACUGUCAGUGAGCAGAGUGACCUGAGGCCUGUGUCGCUGACCAUGCUGAUUGAAAGCACCAUUUUUCCCAGCUUUACCAUUAAAAAUCCAAUACAGCAAACCAAAUUUGGCGGGACAGUGAUGGGCGAGUUCGCUAUGCAGAACACCGGUGACGUGGGAAGUCUGGUGGAGUUCACUUUCAACGUGGACACAAGCCAGCCACUGGGAGACAUGGGGACUCUUGCUGUGGAGUUUCAGUGGCCCUAUGAGGUUGCCAAUGGCAAGUGGCUGCUGUACCUGACAAAGAUCGUUGUCACAGGAGAAUCAGAAAUGGAAUGUAAUCCUGCUGGAAAAGUCGUCAAUGAACGCAACCUAACUUUGUCAGAAAACAAAUCUAAACGUACCAAACGGCAGACUAGAGAUGACGAUGCAGAAGAAACAAUCCAGCAUCGUACUGUUGAGCCACAGGCAGCAAUCACACUACUUGCUCCACGCAAAAAGGCCUUCCUAUUGGAUUGCUCCAAAUCAACAGCAAACUGUGUGACAUUUACAUGUCCCCUGCUCAACAUGUCCACUUCAGCCAAGAUCUAUGUCCAGUCCCGGCUGUGGAACAGUACAAUGCUGGAGGACUAUUCCAAUGCUCUAAGAGUUACAGUCACAGGUCAAGCCACACUGAAGCUCAUCACAGAUAAACCAACCAUCAAGAUGGACAAUCAGACCCUUGGUUUCACAGUAGAAAUAGAACCAGAAGAGGAAGUGGAGAUACCAUAUGAGCUUCCCCUGUGGAUCAUCAUAUCUGCAGCUGUAGCAGGAAUCAUGCUACUAGGAAUCAUAAUUUUGAUCAUGUGGAAGCUUGGAUUCUUCAAGCGAUCCAUCUACUACCGGAUAAUGCCAAAGUACCGCGGGGUGAAAAUUCGCAGGGAUGAGCGUUAUCAGUUCAAUCUGGGAUUUCAGCCCGAGGAGCCACAGAAAAAGUACUGGAUUACCAGCUGGACAGAGAUGCAGCGUUGCUACUACUGAUGCCUUUGCUUUGAACCCUGAACCACUCACUGCCACAGGGGCCAAACAAAGAACACUGGACCCUCACUGAGCCACAAGGACACUGCAGGGCACAUGGACCAACUGCAGAGUCGGCUUUUAUUUUGUUAGUGCAUUUCCUCAUCUUUUUCUGUGCAAUAUACUGAACAAUUGAGAGAUUGUAAUUUUUAUUUUAUUUUUUUUUUUUUUUUACUAUUUUGUUGGUUGCAUUGUUGUACAUUGGAACCUUAGGUUGCAUUUGAAUUGUUUUGUUUUAGGUGUUAAUGUAUUUUUACGUAUAAAUUCAAUUUUUAAAAAAAAUUU